GCCUUAUCUGCGCGAUGCGCGUCGAAAUCGCGCGUAGCUCUUCAAAAGAAUCCGGAAUUCGCGAAAUGCACGCAGCCAUGGUCUUCGAUAAGGCGGGCCGUUAGUUGGCGCUCAUCGUGUGGGCAGCGUCGGUUUAAAUGUCGGGGAGUGAGUGUGCAAAGUCGUGGGACAAGCCGAUCGGAGUGAGUGCGUGACGAAGGUGUCGAUGCCGGGUCAGACACGUCGAAAGUGCAAGACAGAGAGAGAGAGAAUACGGUGUUGCGCGCAGAAAAAUAUUCGUUGCUAAAAAGAGCAAUUAUUCGGGAAUCGCUUCCCUGUCUUUGAGUAAUGCUUAUCUUCAGCGACGAAUAAUUUCGUGACAAUAAUCUCAAGAUUUUUUUGUAGAUCAGUGCAGUUUGAUACACAUAUUAAACUUUAUUUUAAAUACUUUAAUAUCGACGCUGCACAAACAACGGUGUGUUGUACAAUACAAUACGCAACAAGUGUCGUACAAUACGCAACAAGAAGACGUAACGUAUCAAUUAAAUAUACCGUCGUUUACACGCAUCAGUGUAAUAAAUAAUAAAUCUUCAAUCAUUAAAAUGAUUUAAUAGAAAAUUACACUAGUUGGAACAUGUAUACUGAAGAAUUCGUGUAAAUAAAGCCACAGGAACGAUUUCGCGAGGAUUUUGCUAAGUCGAUUACGACCUAGACACUCAGGACCACAAGCAUUCAUUGAAUGCUUCCCGAGAUGACUUUCUAAGUAGUCAGUGAUUAUGAAAAUCGGUGAGCUGCACAGGGGAAUACUUGAAAACACGCGAGCAACGUUCCAGAUGAAUCGCGCGGUGUAUCGCUUAUGGGAAUGUUAAGGACACGCUGACGACUUUGGCCACGUACCACCGGUGUAUGUGUGUGUAUGUGAGAGAUCGUGCAUUGCGUGUCUCAUUGAUAUCUCACGUGGAUAAACGUGAGGUAUAUCGUGUCACGUAGCUCCGCGCAGAUAAUUAAGUAGCUGUUUGACGCGGAGAAAUCGAGGCGCGCUCACGUAAAGGCACCUUACGUCUGUAUCCCCGGAUUGGUCACCUCGCGAGUGCUCGGAAGAAGCGGAAGAAUAGUUGCAUGCGAGACGGUGGUUUAAUGACAGCAAUUCUGCGACAUAUACCGGCGUUCCUGGUAAACGCCUGUCGUACGGUUCCGGAUGCGCGGAGAAAGAUGACGCAUCUAAUAUUUGUGCGGAGACUACUGCUGGCCCUAACGCUGAUAGCGAUAUGCGCGACGAUCGCGGAGUCGUUCAAGAACAGAGACAGGAGGCACGUCGGUACCGAGGUAUCUAGUCAUCGAUCGGGCAAGGUAUACGAGUCGGACAGCCGGAGCACAAAAUCAUCGAGCAGCGCGAACAACGAGAUCACCGCGGAACCCGGAAGGAAAGUGUCCCACCAUUUGAUCGGAGGUCACUUGAGAAUCGACACGAAACUCCGGGGCGAUGAGUCCCUGUGGGACGAUGGAAUUCUCAUGUCGGCGGCCGGUAACGGCAAGGAGGGGAAAAACGCUCGUGCUGGUGGCGGCGGUGACGACGAGGACGAGAAGAAAACGCUCUCUCAGCAGGUCAAGGAGGGCAAGUACGGCCUCAUACAGAACGAGAUUUACGGGAACCGGCCAAAACGGCCCGGUAUCAUCAGCUACCUUGGCAAUCCCGAAGUGCCGAAGGACACGGCCGACAAUUUGGGUGGUCUCGACGAGGAGGAGAUCUGGUUGGCCGAGAACCACGUGUUGGUGCUGAGAGGCGGGAAAUUUCCUGAACACGAAGACGGCCAGCAAGGCAGCAGCGGCGACGACGCGUCGCCGAAAUGGCCGCCCAUCGACGAUUACAAGGCGCCCAGACGACAGGUCAAGAUCCCAUCGCGGCCAAGGAUACCGCCGCCCUUUCCGGUACAACUUACGGAGGGAGGGCCGAUACAGAUUAUCGGCCCGAACGGCACCAUCGACGUCGACAACAACGGCACGCUCGACUACGGCGCGGAACCUGGUUACACGAAGGGGUUAUUACCGGGGGAGAAUCCGUUUUUCACCAUCACUCCGAAUGGUACGAUAGUGGGUCCAGACUUUGGCCCGCCACAGAACUUUUCCGUCGAAGAGAAGUCGUCCAGAAGAGGUAACAACGAGCAGAAGAGGCUGAGGCCGGAAACCCAGCCACCCAGCGGCUUCCCGCCGUUUUAUCACGCUAUACCGCCGGGUGCGGUGUUCGUGCCGCCACCGGGGAAUCAAUCGGAUUACGACGAGGAGGACCAGUCCAUCUACUACCCGCCGCCGUAUAGCUUCUACUAUCAGCAAGAUAAUACGACUGCUGUACCACCGGGUCCCCUGGUGCCUGGCAUUAUAUUACCGCCGCCACCGGAUUUCUUCUCUGCUUUGGACGACAAGAAGACGACCACGAAAAAGUACACAAAAAGACCGACUACCACACCUUCGCCGAGACCCCAACCGACGUAUCUGCCACCCAGGAAGUUCACGACCAAGCGAUACAAAAGCUCGUCGGUCUUGCCGACUUCUGUGACCAAGACGACUGUCUCGUCGACGGUUAGCGAGAAGAUGUCCUUCGGCCGUGUGACCGCCAAGAACGCGACCAACACCUACACGCCUAAGCAGAGGAUUACGCCCGUUGUGGAGAUGACGACAGUAACGCCCGCGAAGCCCAGCACUCUCGAAAACACUGAGAUGUACACUAUCGGUCCCGUGAACAGCAACCAAGUGUCCGAGGCGACGACCCAGCAGAAGGACUGGUCCACUCUGGUGACCAGCAAGACGAUCCCGGUUCUGGCGUAUUACCCGUCUACCACGCAGUCGUCGUUGGAACGACCAGUGGAGGUGACGCCGGCAUCCAUCAAGAGCAUCAUUACCACCGGCCAGCCCGGCAGGUCCUCCAACCACCACGCGUCCUACUACUUCUACGCGGAGUCAAGCGACGAGGACUCGGGCGUCACGUCGAAACCAUCGGCCGUUUACUACAAGACCACUACGGAGUCGCCAUAUUAUAACGUCGAGACGCAAUCUCGGCAGACCGACCCGAAAAAACACUAUUACGCGGUGGAGACGAUCGCGCCAAUUGAGACGCCGAAAGACUACAAGGCGAAGCUCAUCGACGGCGUCGUAAAGAACUCACAGACUUUCCGUUACACCGACUCGGCGGUCACGUCCUCGAAGUUCGAGCCCAGUUCACCACGUGGCCAAAGCCAACGCAUGUUGGCCGACCAAGCGCCCGUGUAUUAUCAACCGGCAUCUGAAGCGCGGCCGAACCGCCCGUUGGAGACGUACUACACGACCUCGAAACCGCAGUCGUACUACCGACCGACCGCGAGACCCAAGCCGAUCUAUCAGUACAGCUUCCAGAUAGCGGAUUAUUCGAAGCGCGGCGGCAAUCAGGGGCUGUACCACCGCGGGGAGCAGCAGCAGCAGCGACAACAAGAGCAGAACGUCCCCUACAGCGAAUACCGAGGCAUCAAGAGCGGCGAUCGACAAUACGAUUAUGAAGAUAUCGACUCCCCGUCGCGGCAGCAGCCACCGCGGAAGGACGCGCAAUACAAGACGCAACGUCCGAUAGCCUAUCCCACGAGCACCAGCUACUCCUCCGUCGUGGACACGACACCCAAUCCGCAGCACGCGUACUUCACGCAGCAGGACGAGAAGCUGCUGGACGACGUGACGAAGGAGUAUUUCACGAUCUUCGGCAAGAAACUGCCGGACACGGGCAUAUCGAGCACCACUCCGAUCUACGGCAAGUCCAGCAGCAUCACCGAGAGACCCGAAGUGGACGCCUACGUGUCGAACGUUUACAAGACCGGCCGACCAGUCACUUACAAGACACCCAACGUCAACGUGCACUACGGAGAUCAGUCGCAACGGCCGUACUCCCUCAAGGAUGACACCCUCGUGAACUACAGGAGACCCUUGCCGCCGAUUAACCACGACAGCGAGUUCAUCAAGGUGCUCGAGCCGAAGUCUCGACCGCAGCAGGCUCCGUUGCCGAACUACGAGUUACAGGCGGAGAACUAUCGGCUGCCACAGAAUCAGGCAGGGCUACAACAACAACGCAGACCGACUCCUCGCUACAGAGUACAAGGGACAGUGCAGUCGAGCAGCAACAGGCACACCAACAACUUCGUACCGCUCACCGAGUCGCGGGAGGAGCUGGAGGAAGUGCAUGGGCCUCCCGUGUCGUUGUUGGGUGACAUAGAGGUGAACUUCAGGAACCCGCGUCCCCCCAUCAACCCCGACGCCGAGUUCGUCGAGCCCGUGCCGGAGCAAGACAACCGCUCCGACAACCCGAACGCGUAUUUCGCCUACCGAUUGCCCGGCGACGUCGGUCACUUUUACUUCCUGACGCCGCAGGCGAUCACGCAACGGCAAGAUCAGGACGGCGGAUACAUCUACCCGAAGCCGAGGGAACCGAGGUUACUGAGACGAAGGCGACGCCCGGGUGACGCCUAAGGAACUCGAGGUCCCCCCUCGCGCUCGUGCUUCUACGGCAGUCGCAUAAUGCCAUAAUCUUGUGGAUAUCCAGCGCGAAAUGAAAGUGCGCCGCGUCGACGGUACCGUUAACACGGCGCGCGUGUAUUAACAUAUUUAUUGUACUUGUAAAUAUGACACUGACUAAGUUAGAUAAUUAUAGAUACGUUGUUCUACGAGAAA